UGUGUUGGGAAAAAUCAUAAUAUUUUUCUUUUUUUUCAGGGUGAAGUUUCCCACUCGAUACUUAACAGGAAUCAAAUUGAUCUGAUAAGGUGAGGUGAGAGUGAAUGAGAUGGGGAGGAGGAGGAGAGUUGAAUCAGAUUCCAAAUCCCAGACCCUCCCUUCAUCGCCAUCCCACUCCUUUUCUUCUUCUUCUUCCUCGGAUUUCGAAUUCACAGUCUCUCAAUCCCCUCUCAAAUCUUCUUCCAACCAUCUCUGCCCAGCCGACGAGUUGUUCUACAAGGGUCAGUUGUUGCCGCUCCACCUCUCCCCCCGCCUCUCCAUGGUCCGUACUCUUCUCCUUGCUUCUUCCAGCACUGCCUCUUCCUCCUCCGACACCACCACCACCGCCUCCCGUGACUCCACCGGGAGUUCAACCGAAUCCACCUCCUCUUUCGCCAGCGACCUCGUCUUGCUCCCCGACUGCGACUCCUCUCGCCCCAGUUCCGUGGCAGAGGACGAUGACUUCAAGCGGCUUAGUGCACAUGGUUUUCUGACGCAGGCUGCUCAUGGGGGUGGCUACCAACAGAUCAAGAAGAGCAAGUAUUUCUCUUUCUCCAGGAUUUCUUCUGUGUUUCGGAAGGAUUCCAAGGGCCGUGAAUCGGAUAACGUGUCGGGGUCGUCGGUGAAGCGGAUGAGCUCGUCGGCGAGGGAGGUGAUUAGGAAAUAUUUAAAGAAGGUGAAGCCGCUAUACGAGAAACUAUCGCAGAAACAGCAGUGCCAGCAGCAGAAAAUGGGAACAGAUACAACCGGAGCCGCCACUUUGUCAAUGAAAUCCGAGAGAUCUAUAAAGGACGUCACGGGAAUAUCGGUUCAGAAUUCAGGAAACGACAGCCGUGGUGGUGGAUUUUCUCAUUCCUUCUCCGGCAAUUUGAGAUACCCAAGAAGGAGAAGAUGCGUUUCGAGCUGUCCGUCGUCGAUGCGGUCGUCCCCGAGCCACUCCGGUGUCCUCUGUCGGAACAUGUACGCCAGUACGGUCAGAACCGGAGGCAUAAGUCACAUGGACUCGACAAUGGAGGAGUUGCAGAGUGCAAUUCAAGGAGCAAUAGCCCAUUGCAAGAACUCCAUGGGUCCAAGCAAGUCCAUGGUCAGCAACGAGAUUUGAGAAGCCAUGGAAGCUGCCAUUGGCGGAGCUGUCUUCGUAAAUUUCAUCAAACGGGACACGAAAAUAACUAUAAAAAAAAAAAGCAUCUCCGGCAAUGCGAAUUGAAAUCGUACGUUGAUCCCUUCAAUUUUCGAAUGUCUCUAUCUGUUUGUUUUAAUGUCUCAGUCACUGAAAUGCAAUAACUUUGGUCAUCUCUGAGACCGCUAAAAGCUGCAAAUAUUUGAAUCAAUGUUUUUAUGGAAUACCCAUUUUGGAUCUCCUCUCAUUUCCCAAACCCAAUUCCGUGCACGUCUGGGAAUCUGUUUUUUUUCUCUCUCUUUUCUUUUCUGGGUCUUUGGUUUCCGUUCCCCACAGCCCACUGUUUCUCACUUUUUCUCUUUCUCCUCCACAUUUGCGCUUCUUGUUUCUGUCUCUUUGUCUCUUUCUCCAUUUUUGAAACACCAACCGUUGCCUCACAUUUCUCUCCUCUUUUUUUAUGGGUGCGGUUGUGGAAUGUGGACCUUGAAAUGCUGAUUGGAGGAAAAGAAAAGAAAAGAAAAAAAGAAACGAAAAGUCUUGAUUUUUAGUCCGUAGGAAUGAUGCAUGUGCGUUAGAUUAAAUGUAACUUCAGCUUUUUGAUUGGUUAGGACGGUGUGAUGAUAUUUAUUAGA